AUGGAGAGGUGGAAAAGGAGGGAGAGGAGGAGAUGGAGUGGAGAUGUGAAGUGGAUAGUGGUAGAUAUAAAUAUGGAAGAAGGGAGGGAGGAUGGAAGGGGGAAGAGGAGAGGAGGUGAGGGAGGGGUGGUGGAAUGGAAAGAUGUGGAAUGGGUAGGAGAGGAGUGGAUGAGAGAGGGAAACGGAGGGAAUGGAAGGGGAGGAAGUGGAGAGGGGUGGUAUGGAGUGGAUGGUGGUGGGGGAAGUGGUGGUAGGAAUGGAGAUCUGGAAGGAGGGAGGGAAGAGGGAGAGGAAGGGGGGAGGGGAGGGGAGAAUGGAGGGAUUGAGGAAGGAAUAUGA